UUUUUGUUUGACCAAAAAUUAAAAAAAUUAUCUCCAUCAUUUUCAUCGUGCCGGUCCUCACUCCUCGCUCCAACAACCAAUGCCUACAACUACAAGGCUACAACAAAGCAUCUAUAAAAGAUAAAGAAUGGGUUCUAAGUCCGAAACCGUUUGCGUUACUGGGGCUUCUGGUUACAUCGGAUCAUGGCUUGUCAUGAGACUCAUCGAGCGUGGCUAUACCGUUCGAGCCACCGUACUCGACCCAGCUGAUAUGAGGGAGGUGAAGCAUUUGCUGGAUCUGCCAGGUGCAGAGAGCAAGCUGUCUCUGUGGAAGGCAGAACUUACAGAAGAGGGAAGCUUUGAUGAAGCCAUUAAAGGGUGCACAGGUGUUUUCCACUUGGCCACCCCCGUUGACUUUAAGUCCAAAGACCCAGAGAAUGAAAUGAUAAAGCCUACAAUUCAAGGAGUACUAAACAUCAUGAAAGCAUGCCUGAAGGCAAAAACUGUCCGAAGGCUAGUAUUCACGUCCUCAGCCGGAACUACCAACAUUACUGAGCACCAAAAGCCUAUCAUUGACGAAACCUGCUGGACUGAUGUUGAGUUCUGCCGGAGAUUAAAUAUGACUGGUUGGAUGUAUUUCGUUUCUAAAACACUUGCGGAGAAAGAAGCUUGGAAAUUUGCGAAAGAGCACGGCAUGGACUUCAUCGCUAUCCUUCCAGCUCUUGUCAUUGGUCCCUUUCUACUGCCAACAAUACCUUCUAGCGUGAUCAGUGCUCUUUCACCUAUUAACGGAAUUGAGGCACAUUAUUCAAUCAUAAAGCAAGCUCAAUUCGUCCACAUAGAAGAUAUCUGUCUUGCUCACAUAUUUCUGUUUGAACAGCCAAAAGCAGAAGGGAGGUAUAUAUGCAGUGCAUGUGACGUUACUAUCCAUGACAUUGUAAAAUUAAUUAACGAAAAAUACCCAGAGUACAAGGUUCCCACCAAGUUUCAGAACAUUCCAGAUCAAUUGGAGCCCGUGAGAUUUUCUUCCAAGAAAAUCACAGACUUGGGAUUCCAAUUUAAAUACAGCUUAGAGGAUAUGUACACUGGAGCAAUUGAUACAUGCAUAGAGAAAGGGCUUCUUCCUAAACCUGCAGAAAUUCCAGCGAAUGGCAUCGAGCAUAAAUAAAUAUAGGUUUUCAUAUCUUUGCCUUGGUGAUGGCUAUGAAUGUUGCUUUUCUUGUUCAGUUUCUUUAAUGAUGUUUCCGUUUUGUGAAUUCGUAGUCAAAAUUGUAAGUGGUUUGUAAGACCAAAUUAGUUAUCUACAAAUUGUUUAAUAUUAUCACAAGACAUUUUUUACGGUAAGUCAAUAUCUCAGAGCUCGAGGCAAUUUAAAAUAUAUAUAAUAUGCCGCCAUUGAAUUCUCA